AUUAAACAGAGAAUUUUUAAUUAAUUUUCGUUGGAUUUGGAAACACCGUACGGCUACUAGCAACCUCGAAAGGAAAUAAGUGUAUUUGAAAAAUACCGCCAAUAAAAUGGCGCCAUUUCUACGUCCAUAAUCAUUGGCUUCCCGGAGAGUGAAAGCGCAUAGAUGUUGUUGUAUUUGGAAACUAUGCUAUUCCAUUUACAAAACUGUUUAAGAAUUCUUCUUAAUAUUCAUUUUUUGAAUUGUUUUAUUAAUAUUUAGCAGUAUAUAUGAGGUUCCUCCGAAUUGAAUUACAAUUCUUUUGAAUUCAUCGCUGCCAUUACGAUAAUGUCGGAACUGUUUACGUUUCGGGAGAGGUUGUGUUCGAAUUGUCCGUAUAGUGAAUGUUUGAUUUAUUUGAAGUGGUAAUGAAGAGAAUAUUGAAUUUGCCUUGUUGGUGACGCAAUCAUGUAUAUAAAACAAGUUAUUAUUCAGGGCUUUAAAAGCUACCGGGAGCAAACAGUUGUUGAACCCUUUGAUCCUAGACACAAUGUAGUUGUCGGUCGAAAUGGAUCUGGGAAGAGUAAUUUCUUUUAUGCUAUUCAGUUUGUACUGAGCGAUGAGUUUUCACAUUUACGACCAGAACAGCGUCAAGCUCUUCUCCAUGAAGGAACUGGACCUAGAGUUCUUAAUGCUUAUGUUGAAAUAAUUUUUGAUAAUUCUGAUGGUCGGCUUCCAAUUGAUAAAGAUGAAGUGUAUCUCAGGCGAGUCAUUGGAGCCAAAAAAGACCAGUAUUUUCUCAAUAAAAAGGUUGUUCCUAGGUCAGAUGUUAUGAAUUUACUGGAGUCUGCUGGUUUCUCUCGGUCAAAUCCUUAUUACAUUGUAAAACAAGGAAAGAUCAACCAAAUGGCAACUGCACCUGACUCGCAUCGCUUGAAAUUGUUACGAGAAGUAGCGGGUACUAGAGUGUAUGAUGAGAGGAGAGAAGAAUCAAAAGCCAUUCUGAAAGAAACUGAAAGUAAAGUGGAGAAGAUAGAAGAGUUUUUACGAACAAUUGAAGAACGACUAAAAACUCUGGAGGAGGAGAAAGAAGAGCUGAAAGAAUAUCAGAAGUGGGAUAAAAUGAGAAGAUCUCUGGAGUACACUAUACAUGACAGGGAACUGAAGGAAACUAGAAAAAAGCUCAAUGAAAUGGAGGCAGCACGAAAAAAUUCAGGAGAAGAGCAGAAAAAGUGGAGUGCAGAAUUAAAAAAUGCCCAGGAAAACAUCAAGCAAGCCAUUCGUCGUUUGAAGGAAGCAAAGAAGAAUGUGCAAACUCAUAAGGAAGAGCGAGACACUUUGGGUGCCGAGUAUCAGCAGUUACUGAAAGAGAAGACAAAGCUUGAACUGACAAUUAAAGAUUUAUCAGAUGAAGUUAUGGGUGAUAACACUUCUAAGGAACGUGCUGAGAACGAACUGAGAAAAUUGAAGGAUACCAUAGCCCAAAGGGAAGCUGAUUUGGAACAAAUCAAACCACGCUAUGAGGAAAUGAAAAAGAAAGAAGAAGAAUGUACCAGAGAUUUGGCUCUAAAAGAGCAGAAGAGAAAGGAGUUGUAUGCCAAACAAGGUCGUGGAAGCCAGUUCACAUCCAAAGAGGAGAGAGACCAAUGGAUCAUGAAAGAAUUGAGGUCUCUGAACAAACAAAUUAAAGAUAAGAAGGAACAUAGAGACAAACUAUCUGAUGAUAUGAAACGAGAUGCAGAAAAGCAAGUCCAACUAGAGAAAAAAAUUGAAGAACAAACUCAGGAGAUGGAGCGGCAACGAGGAUGUAUUGAUGAGCACAAUAAGCAGUUCUAUGAAUUGAAGAAGAAUAAGGAUCAGUGUCAAAGUACCAGAAAUGAACUUUGGAGAAAAGAAAAUACAUUACAGCAGAGUCUCUCAUCUCUCAAGGAAGACCUUGCUAAAGCUGAUCAAUCUCUUCGUUCAAUGGCAGGAAAGCCAAUUCUCAACGGACGAGAUAGUGUUCGCAAAGUUUUAGAAACAUUCCAUGAAAGAGGAGGUGCUCAUGCAGAUACAGCUAAUUCAUAUUAUGGCCCAGUUAUAGAGAAUUUCAGCUGUGAUAAACAAAUCUAUACAGCAGUGGAAGUCACAGCAGGGAACAGGUUAUUUCACCAUAUUGUGGAUUCUGAUAAGGUGGGAACACAGAUCCUGAAGGAAAUGAAUCGCCAAAAACUGCCAGGGGAAGUGACAUUCAUGCCUCUAAAUAGAUUGCAUGUGAAGGACCAGAACUACCCUGAGACUAAUGAUGCCAUACCUAUGGUCACAAAAUUGAAUUAUGAAGCCAAAUAUGAUAAAGCAUUGCGAUACAUCUUUGGGAAAACUCUGAUAUGCAGAAAUUUGGAGGUUGCAACCAAUUUAGCUAAAACAAGUGGGUUAGAUUGUGUUACUCUUGAAGGUGAUCAGGUAUCGUCAAAAGGAUCACUUACUGGAGGAUACUUCAAUACUUCUCGUUCUCGUUUGGAAAUUCAAAAAAAUCGCAGUGAGCUAACUGAUCAAAUUAGAGCUAAUGAAGAAGAAUUGUCAAAAUUGAAGGACAAUCUCCGAGAAAUCGAGGGGAAAAUAAAUACUAUUGUGUCUGACAUGCAGAAGACAGAAACAAAGACCAGUAAAGCUAAGGAUAUAUUUGAUAAAGUGAAGGCUGAUAUUCGUUUAAUGAAGGAAGAGCUUGCAGGAAUUGAAAGGUAUAAAGUACCCAAGGAGCGUUCUCUAGACCAGUACGCCUCCAGUUUAGAGGCCAUGAAGACCACCAAGGAGGGACUGGAAUCUGAGUUGCAUCAGGAAUUAAUGUCCCAAUUAUCAGUUCAAGAUCAACUGGAAGUUGAUAAAUUGAAUGAUGACAUUCGAAGACUUACCCAAGAAAAUAAAGAAGCUUUUAGUACAAGAAUGCGACUUGAAGCUGAAAAAAAUAAGUUGGAAAAUCUUCUAACUAAUAAUCUCAUGCGUCGUCAUGAUGAAUUGAUGCAGGCUUUGCAAGAAAUUUCUGUUGAAGAUCGAAAGAGACAGUUGGAUAACAGCAAAUCUGAGUUAACAGCAAUUGAAAAGAGACUGGACGAAGUGUCACGUGAGUGCAAAAAUAUGGAGAAACAAGUGCAGGAGGCAACGAAAAUGCAAAAAACUGAACAAGCCGCUCAAGAUAAGUGGAAAUCAAAAGAAAAGGAGAUUCAAGAAAAAAUAGAAGAAGAUGCCAAAGAUCUUGAGAAAAUGGCAUCAAAACAGAAUAUGUUGCAACAAAAAAUUCAAGAUUGUACAAAAAAAAUCCAAGAUUUAGGAUCUUUACCAUCUCCUGACAUAUACACCAAAUAUCAGAGUUUUUCUACAAAGAGCUUGUUCAAGGAAUUAGAGAAAGCAAAUGGACAUUUGAAGAAGUAUAGCCAUGUAAACAAGAAGGCUUUAGAUCAGUUUAUGAGCUUUUCAGAACAGAAAGAUAAAUUAGUGAAGAGGAAGGAGGAAUUAGAUAGAGGUGAUGAAAAAAUUAAAGAGUUGAUGAAUGUGUUGGAGCAGAGAAAAUAUGAAGCCAUUGAAUUCACCUUCAAACAAGUCUCAAAAAAUUUCAGUGAAGUUUUCCACAAGUUGGUACCUUCAGGGCAUGCACAGUUGGUCAUGAAAAAGAGUGAAGAAGAAGGUGGUGAACAACAAGGAGAGGGUGACUCGGACAAAUUUACAGGAGUAGGUAUUCGUGUGUCCUUUACUGGUCGCAAUGCGGAAAUGCGAGAAAUGAACCAGCUUUCUGGAGGACAAAAAUCUCUGGUUGCUCUUGGACUUAUUUUUGCCAUUCAGAAGUGUGAUCCUGCACCUUUUUAUCUUUUUGAUGAAAUUGAUCAGGCCUUGGAUUCACAACAUAGAACAGCUGUUGCUGAAAUGAUUCACGAGUUGUCCAAAGAUGCUCAAUUUAUUACAACUACCUUCAGACCAGAGUUGCUCGUUCAUGCCAACAAAUUUUAUGGUGUUAAAUUUCGUAAUAAGGUGAGCCAUGUUGAAUGUGUUACAAGAGAAGUUGCAAGAGACUUCGUUGAAGACGAUACAACUCAGGGGUAAUCCAAGUUGUGUGGUUUACUGUUUCAUCUGUACAAAUAAUUAUUAAAUGAGAGACAUUUUAUCGAGUGAAGUGCAAGCUAUUUUUAAAUCUGUCAGCUUCUGCUAUUUGUGCACAAUUGUUUUAGAUUUUUUAAUACUUUCCCUUGAUUAGAUUUUUGAAUGUAAUCAACAGUGUCUUGACAUUGCUUAAGCAAGCAGUGCAUUGCAUAAGCCAGUGCAGCCCUUUACUGUGUUAAAUGGUUGUGGUGGGUCUUCUGGGCCUGAAACACAUUUGCAGACCCCUUUUCAAAUUGUGACUUUAGCUUCCCAUGGUGCUGACAAUUUUAGUUCACUAAAAUUUUUUGCAUUUUAUUUAUUUUCAGAAGUAUUUGUAUUUGCAUGUAUCUUUUAGAUGUAACCUCGUGUGCACCAUUAUGUUCGAGAAGCAAGUGACUCGCACUCACUUCGACUUCUCACUUUAGUUUCUCUGUGUAUUAUGUAUAAUUGCACAAUAUAGCCUUUGAGUCUCAGAUGCCUUUGUGGCAUAUUUAAUUUGUGGAUGGUUGCCUGGUAUGUUUGUCAAUUUCAUGACACAUGCAAAUACUUCAUAAGUUUUAAUUUUCAUGUGCAGUUUACUGAUCUAUUGAAAUUGUGUCAAAUUGCAAUUUAUAUCUACAUAAUUAUUCAUUUUAUCGAAGUUUUAAAUAUGCCCAGAAAUAGAGUAAGAGUGUAUGAGCUUAGUAAAACAGCUCCUGAAAUGUCUGACUUUAGAAAUGUUGCUUGACAUCCAAAAUAUUGAGUUUAUAAUGUUUUAUUGUAUUAAAAAUACAUGAGAAAUUGUUUUGUAC